GUGGUCGCUCAGCUACUCUAGCCGAUGCUCAAGCGGAGUCCUGUGGUUGUGCUUUUAAGUUCAUGAUGCAAGUGCAUGGAUCGACUCUUCUUCAGAAGCAGCAUCGGAGUAUGGAACCGGUGUAUGUCCCUCAUUGGGUGCUGUUCCAACAUGCAACAACUCAAGGCUGUUCAUGCGCUCUUCGUUGUCCACGGUCUCCAUCACAACAACUACGCUCUCAGCAAGCUUAUUUCCUUCUGUGCCCUCUCCGACUCUGGCAGCCUCACGUAUGCCUCUCUUCUCUUCUACCAAACUCCAAACCCGAACGCAUUCUUCUACAAUACCCUCAUUAGGGCCUACUCUCGCAGUUCUCAACCGCAACGUGCUCUCCAUUUCUUCCAUCUAAUGUUGCUAGAUGGCAGCGUUACUCCUGGCCAACACACCUUCCCUUUUGUUCUUGCGGCUUGUGCGAACAUCUCCUGUGUCCCUGCGGGUAAGCAACUCCAUUGCUGGGUUUUCAAAGACGGUUUGGCUUCUUUUGACAGUCACAUCCAGACUGCCCUUGUCCGCUUUUAUGUUGACAGUGGCUUCUUAAAUGAUGCCCGAAAGGUUUUUGAUGAAAUUCCCAAUAGAGAUGUUAUCCAGUGGAAUGUUCUUAUGAACGGGUAUCUUCGUUUGGGUUUUGCCUCAGAGGCUCUGGAAGUCUUCCGUAGUAUGCUGCUCUCUGGAAUCGUGCCUGAUGAAUUCUGUAUGGCUACUGCACUCACGGCUUGUGCUCAAUCUGGGGCUCUUCAACAAGGGAUGUGGAUCCAUGAGUACAUUAAGAAGAGGAAAGGGUUCACUGUGGAUGUUUUCGUGGGAACAGCCCUUGUUGACAUGUACGCCAAGUGUGGAUUCAUUGACAAGGCCGUAGAAGCAUUUGAGGAGAUGCCUAGAAGAAAUGUCUUCUCCUGGGCUGCGAUGAUUGGUGGGUUUGCAGUGCAUGGAUUUGCGAGAGAAGCACUUCAUUGCUUGCAAAGAAUGCAGGAAGAAGAUGGGCUUAGGCCAGAUGGGAUCGUGCUUCUUGGGGUUCUAACGGCUUGCACCCACGCAGGGCUUCAAGAGGAAGGCCGGCUCCUCUUAGAUAGCAUGGACGCCGUGUAUGGUGUUGCUCCAAAACAUGAGCAUUAUAGUUGCACAGUAGACUUGCUUUGCAGGGCAGGUCGGUUAGAUGAGGCACUUGAACUCAUAAAAAGAAUGCCAAUGAAGCCAGUUGCUUCUGUCUGGGGCUCAUUGCUGAGUGGUUGUAGGAGCCAUGGAAACGUUGAGCUUGCUGAGCUUGCAGUUGAAGAGCUUUUGCGGCUUAACCAUGUUGAUGCAGCCAAGGAAGAUGGGGCUUAUGUUCAGCUGUCGAACGUCUAUCUGGGUGCACGGAGAUCCGAUGAUGCUCGUAGGAUUCGAAUGAUGAUUGGGGACAAAGGGAUCAAGAAAACACCUGGGUGCACUGUGAUUGAGGUGAAUGGGGUGGUGAAUGAGUUUGUUGCAGGGGAUGUGGCACAUUGCCUUCGACAUGAGAUACAUGAAAUGCUAAAUUUGCUGUCAUUUCAUAUCAUUCAUCAAUGAUUAUAGAAUAAAUAUAGUUAUCACGGUAAGUGAUGCUUGUUGGAACACUGAGCAGUGAAAAAGUUUCAGUACUGGUUUGAUCAUACCAUUGUGGUUUCAAGCUGC